AGAGAGAGAAAAGAAACUUGAGAAGAAAAAACAAGAUGGAAGGCAUAAUCAAGCAGAAUGAGAAUGAGAAUGAGAUUAAUAAUAACGUAAAAAUGGAAAUUGAUACAGCGAAGAAGAAGAAACAGAUUAAUAAUAACGUAAAAAUGGAAAUUGAUACAGCGAAGAAGAAGAAACAGAAGCAUAAGCAGAAGUUGAAGCUGAAGCAGAAGCAGAAGCCGAAGCCAAAACGGAAGAGUGAGUUUGAGUUGGAGCGGGAAGACUAUCAUAUGAGAUGUAGAGCCACUGAUGCUCUAUGGAAGCAAAAGGCUGAUCGGGAUCAACAAGAUCUCGUGAAGAGGAUGAAGAUGAGUAAGAGGCGACUCAUUCAACAAGAACUCUUCUUAUGCUUCGAUAUUGAUUUUAACAGGAUCAAGUUAUGUGAUACUACUCCUAACCAGAAGCCAAAGAAAAAUAAUCCUACACCUGUUCGACAAGAAACCCCAUCAGCUUCAUGCUUCCCCAACAAAGAUUAGCUUUUGUUGCUGGAAGAACCAAGCUCUACUCUAUUGGCUACUAACUGGCUACUCAUGCAGUGUGCUGCUGGAGAGAUUAAUACGUAGACUUAGUGUU